AAGACAAGAUCCUUCAACCUUACUUCAUAUGUGUGAAUAUAUAUAUAUGUACACACAGUGAUGUUAAUGCUCAACCUAACACAAUUCACUACCAUCUAACUUAUUUAAACAAAUUAAGAAGCUUGACUUGGCUUCUCAUGAAUGAUCAAACCUCAAGAAGAAGCUUCUCACAUGGUUACUUUCUCUCCGCCUCGGCCGUUUGACGAAUUGAGGAUGACAGAAAUGGCGGCGAUCAUUAUCUUGCUAGCUUCGACGGUGCCGAUGUUUGCGGAGGCCGUGGAUUUCCAUCAGCUUAGGCAAAAGGCAACCAGAAGAAACGUGACAUGUUUGCUGGUGUUCGGAGACUCCACCGUUGAUCCCGGCAACAACAACCUCCUCGCCUCAGGCGCCCCCAAGAGCAACUUCCCCCCUUAUGGCAAGGACUUCUUCAAUGGCCGCCCCACCGGCAGGUUCACCAACGGAAGACUAGCCACCGACUUCAUCGCGGAGGCAUUCGGUUUCGGCCAUGUCGCCAUGAUCAGGGGCUUUCUUGAUCCAACUGCAAAUAAGGCCGAUCUUCUGCAUGGCAUCAGUUUUGCAUCAGCGGGUUCUGGUUACGACGAAGUCACCGCCAAUUUUUCGCACUCAUUUUCAGUUUCAAAACAACUGGAGUAUUUCCGGCAUUACAAGAUCCACUUGAGCCGACUGGCGGGAGAGAUGACGGCCAGGCAAGUCAUCGAAGACGCCAUAUAUAUUGUAAGCAUGGGAACAAACGACUUCCUCCAGUACUACGUCGAACCCACUCGCUCCAUGCAGUUCGGCCUCCAACAAUACCAGAACUUCUUGAUCUCCCGUAUGCUUCGUUUUGUUCAGGCAUUGCAUUCAAUGGGAGCAAGAAGACUGGCAGUCGUGGGAGUGCCCCCUUUUGGUUGCAUACCAGUUGUGAAGGCGUUCUUGGGUCAGACCAAGUGCUUGGAACAGUACAAUGACGUAGCUAUUUCAUUCAAUUCCAAGUUGAAAAGGGAGCUGGCAGCCUUAGAGGCAUCACUAGGGAUUCAAAGUGCCUACAUAGACAUAUACGUUGUGAUAUCAAGCGCAAUACAAAACCCCACUAAAUAUGGUUUGAAAGAGACCGGAAAAGGGUGUUGUGGGACGGGGACAACAGAAGUGGGAGAUGGAUGCAAGGGUAUGAACACAUGUUCGGAUGCGACCAAGUACGUCUUCUGGGACGCCAUACAUCCAACUGAAAAAAUGUAUCAAAUAAUUGCAUAUCAGGCUCUAAAAUCAAUUUAUGAGAACCUGUUGAACUAACAACUGUGCAUUCUUCUUCUGGCUUGGUUGUGAGCUUUGGGAGACAAAGACCCCCCCCCCCCCCCCCCCCCCCCGAUGGCCGA